AAAUUAAAUAAAUAUAUUAUAAAAGUUACAACAUGAUUAAAUCUAAAUAAAUCUAAUUAUUGUACACAUGAUAUAUGUUUUUAAUAUUUUCCAAUGCUAAUCAAUACAAAAUAAACAAUAUUAUUUUGUCUAUGAUUGUAGUCGACUGUCACUUGUCAAAGUGAAAGAUAUUGAAGGAGGCGUAAACUUGGUGAAAUCGGUUUUCAGUAGUUUUCGUGAUAAAAGGCAGAAUGAUCCGCUUCAUUUUAAUCCAAAACCGCGCGGGCAAGACUCGUCUAGCGAAAUGGUAUAUGAAUUUUGAUGACGAUGAGAAACAAAAGCUCAUAGAGGAAGUGCACGCAGUGGUCACCGUUAGAGACGCCAAGCACACCAACUUCGUAGAGUUUAGAAACUUCAAGAUAGUCUACAGAAGGUAUGCAGGUCUGUACUUCUGUAUAUGCGUGGAUGUGAAUGACAACAACCUGUGUUACUUGGAGGCCAUACACAACUUUGUGGAGGUUCUCAAUGAAUACUUCCACAAUGUGUGCGAACUUGACUUGGUGUUUAACUUCUAUAAGGUGUACACAGUAGUUGAUGAAAUGUUCCUGGCAGGCGAGAUCAGGGAGACGUCCCAGACUAAAGUGCUGAAACAACUCCUCAUGCUCAACUCGUUAGAAUAAGGCAAUUUGUUACGGCUAGCGUUGACUGGGCUCUCUGAAAUCAAAUUGGAUCACAUUCAUUCUCUAGCUACACAUUUAUUAUUUUAUUCCACACAAAUAUUCAUUAUGGAAGUUUAAUAGUAACAAUGUGCCAUGAGUGGCCGAUUCCAAUUGCUAUUGAAUGUGGAAUAAAUGCGAUUCAAUUCUGUACUAGUCAAUGCCAGCCUUUGGGAUCUGUUGGUACUGCAGUACUUACAAUUUGUAAGGAAAUGUAUGAAUGGAUGUUAUUUUCGAACAUGCUUGUUACUGCGGUAUCUAUAUUUAGAUUGUUAUAUUGUAAAUUAUAUGUAAAGAAUACUCAUUCCAUAAUGAAAUAUGCAUCAUUUGUAGCCAUUUCUAUAAAAGGAAUGAUGCUGCAAUUAUAAUUAUGUAUUAUUUAUAAUAAUGGAAAUAUUAAAUUCUGGAUGAUUUGAGUUUCAAAUAGUGUUAACUGAGGUUUAUAACGAAGAUUAAUCAAUCAAAUCUUAAAUAACAAAAUUAAGUUAUGGCAUAGACAAUAAAUGAAAAAUACUUUUUUUUUAAGUUUAGUUAGAUCAUAUCUGCCUUUAUCUAUUUUAGCAUGUCUUAAAAAUAAAGUAAAAGUGCUUAAUACCAAGUAAAAUUGUCCCUACGAAUUAACAAUGAACUGUCACAUUUUUUGCUAUCAACCAGAAAAUAUUAGUAUUGUACGAAGACAAUAUUGAAGGACAGUAGAAAUAAUUAAUAAAGAGCUUUAUAUUUGUUUAUCAUGAAAUAUCUUAUUAAUUUAACAUGUAUACAUUGGUGUAAUUUUUUGUAUUAUUCAUGGAUUUUAAUAAAAUAAUGUUUAACUUGUAAUCAAUAUUAACAAUAAUUUAUGUAUUGAAAACAUCAUUCAUCUAAAUAAUUAGCAAUCAGGGCUGUGUAUUUCAAAUACCACAAGAUAAUGGCUGUACAAGCAAGCAUACAGCAAGCAAUGUAGAGAUAAUGCAUUCAGAUUAAAAACUGAAAUUAAAAGAAUUUGUUUCAUAUUUAUGCAUUAUUUUAUUAUGAUCCAGUGAAUUUUAUUGUACAUAAGUGUUCAUGAUUUGUAGAUGGGUUUAUAAAUGAAUGAAAAAGCUUGUGUAAAGGUAAAAUGAUUUAUUUAUAAAACAUACAAAAGCUAGUUACAUAUAAAAUCAUAAUUGAUUUACCUAAUAUACAUAGUGAUUAUUC